GUGUUCGGCGAAAGAACGUACGAUGUACUGGAUCCACUCAAUGAGGAAUUCGCUGCCGAUUUUCACUCUUUCGAGUCGGAUGUGAAAGAUCUGGAUUAUCGAUUAGCCAACACUAUUAAAUUCGGUUACAGUGAACACUGGCACUCGAAUGAUGACUUCAAGCGUGAUUAUUAUAUUCCGGAUGAUAGUGCUGCUGCUGCGGAUGAUGAUGAUGAUGAUGAUGAUGAUGAUGAUGACUCGGAUGAUGAUGAUGAUGAUGAUGAUGAAGAAAACCUCGCAUAA